AUGGAUCACACGAAUGUUCUGACGUGUCUGAACCUGAUAUUAACGGCAAAGUGUUCCACAAACAAGGAGAACUUGGAUUGCUUCAUGAAGAUUAUGCUGGUGCUUUCAGACAGAUUGGGAGAAACAGGAACAAUUGCUGGGAUACUGGACAAGUUUGCAUUGAGGACACAGCACAUGCUGAAGAAGACGAUUGAGGAGGAAGUUGCAUCAGGCAGGAUUCCAUUGGAUGAAAUAGGCGGAAUUGGACCACUGAAAUCAGCCAAAAUACUCUUCAACAACAACACCAGGGAAUAUUGUAGAAUAUUUUAUGAUGAGCUUGUUAGGCUGGCACAGAAUGUGGAGAAUACGAUGAAUAAGACAAAGGCAGUUCCAGAAACAAAGGAGAGACGAAGAAAGAAGAGGGAGAAGCUGGCAGUUGCUAUUGAUGAGAUUCACCUGAAUGAGGAAGAUAUGCAGAAUAUCAAGGGACUAACUAACGAAGAGAAUGAGACAAACCAGGAUGUAUUAUCAGAUGUAGACAUUGCAGAGCUAUCUGAGAUAGACGAAUCAAUUUCAGUGGUGGAUAUUCCAGAAAACAGUCGCAUUUGUCAGGCACAGCUGAACAGCUUCGUUGAUCUGCUUGCAUUCUACUUCAACAUAUUCAAUACGGCAUAUGGAUCAUUCUACCAGACUGAUUUGCUGAUAAUCACAAGGCAAGUGAUCAAAUACAAGAAUAUUCUGGGAGAAGAGGAGUUUGCUAAUUACAUGACUGUCUUUCUGAAGAUA